UGCAGAGGAGAGUUUAGCAGUAUUCUCUUAUCUCACACAUCAGGGUAAGAGGAUACUAAACUAUGGAGGUGAUCAGAGUUAGAGUCAGGUUUGUUUUAUAGCGGAAUUUUACGAGGAUUCAGAAGGUUUCAGCUUUGGAAUAAUCUUUUUCUAACGUUUCGUUUUUCUUUUUUACUUUGCAUCUUCUGCUAUCGAAAAUGCCUGCUUUCAGGGUUUGGAUUAACGCAAUUUGGAUUUUACUUUUUGUCGUUUUUCACGCGGCUUUUUCAAGCUAUUCUGAAGACCAGUGCAGCUGGAGAGGAAGUGGUUUGUCCCAGCAGCAGGGCAGUGUGGAGCAGAUCUCCCUCCACUGCUCUGAGGGCACACUGGACUGGCUGUAUCCCAAAGGAGCCCUGCGCCUCACCCUCUCACCCCGCCUGCCCUCUGUGGCGGUGGGGCCCGGCGGCAGCAGCUCAGGCCUCAUCACAGCCUGCGUCAAGCCCUCUGAGCAGUUCCACGGAGCACAGCUGUACCUGGAGAGAGACGGGGUCCUGGAGCUCCUGGUAGGAGACCGCCUGGAGUCUUCCCCCCCGCCGAGAGUCCGCUGCUUCAGUCGCCUGCCCGGGGAGAGGGUGGCUCUCUUCCUGCAAGCUACACCUCAUCAGGACAUCAGCAGGAGGAUCGCCUCCUUUCGGUACGAGCUGAGAGGGGACUGGACCGCCCGCCUGUCGCUGGACUCCAACCCUAUCAGCAGUGAAGAGGCCUGCAGACCCUGCAACAACACUGAGAUUCUGAUGGCCGUUUGCACCAGUGAUUUUGUUGUGCGAGGAAACAUCCGAUCAGUGGUUGAAGACGAUAACCUACGAGCAGCGGUGAUCAAGGUCAGCGCCACCAGGGUGUUUCGUCAAAAGUACGCCCUGUUCACAGGCAACAGUCGCCUGGCCAGCCGCGGCGAGAUCAGGACUCUGCUGCAGUGUGGCGUCAAACCAGGGCCCGGCAGCUUUCUCUUCACCGGCCGUGUCCACUUCGGGGAGGCCUGGUUGGGCUGUGCUCCACGCUACAAGGACUUCCAGCGGGCUUACACGAUAGCCAAAGCAGCGCAGCAGAUACCCUGUGAACUGCCUGUAGACUGAGUUAAACACUCCGCAGCAACUUGUCUACCACUCAGAGUCGAGGCCGCACUGAAAGCCAGGCCGAACUCAGCCCUGUUCCUCGUUUUGGAAGAAGCCACGGUGUGUAAACCGUUGGCCGACGCAGCCAUGGCGCCACCAAUGUCUUCCCAAAGGUCUGAGGAGUGAAAUGGACUUUUCCCAGCACCAUUUCAGUGCAAUAUGCAGCCACCGGGUCAGAAAGAACCCAGUGGAGUUGUGACAUUAGGGGAAGUGGUCGAAAUGAAGAUUAUAAGCAUUUGGCAUUGAAUGGUUUUUAAACACAGUGAUGCCAUUAUGCAGGUUUAGAGAAAAUCUAUUGAAAAGCUUUCCAUUUGGGAGAAAUUAAGUCAAGCCAUUAAUUCAGGCCUAUUGAGAGUCAUUGCUUUGAAACUCAGGAACAUUUAUGAAAAGUUCUAUAGAAAGCUAACUGCCUAUUAGUGGCUAUCCCAGUGUGGAUACACUUCAGGCACCUUUUUGUUCAGUGAAUGGGAAACAUCACUUAUGUUUUGCUGGCUACCCCUGUACUGGGGUCAACCUCAGUGUUACUAUUAUUAAGGAGAUUAUAUAAAAAUGAAGUCCUCACAAAAUGUUAAAAAAAAAAAAAUAUAUAUAUAUAUUUGCACUGAUAAAGGAAAGGGAAUUAUCUGGAAAGUGUCAUGCUGCAAGCACUGAAAACCAAAUAGAAAGCAACUAUAUGUAGCAUAGUGGAGCAAUUGAGAAUUUAAUAUAUGUACAGACAAUGUGAGCACAUACAGUAGUGACACAAAGCUAAGGCGACCUGAGCAGGUUUCACAGCUCAAACUGGUGCUGAGAGCACUUUCAUAUUCUAGCCAACUCUGAGAUUUUGUUUCUGUAAGGAGAUGAAGGCAUUUAGGAGGCCUCUAUUACAGUACACUUCAGCAAUAUUUCCGCAAAAUGGAACUAAUUGGAUUUAAUUUGAUUUCAAAGAUAAUUGUUUUAAACAGUAUGUUGUAGUGGAAUUGUAGCAGUGUUGCCAAAUCAGCUAUAAGUUUUCUUUUUGUCAAUUCAUGCACUGCUCUCUGCUGAUGUUGUUACAUAUUAUCACACAAGAUAUUCAUCUGUUUAAGUUUUUUCAUAAAACUGAUGACAACAGCCUUUCAUAACUGAAGUCCAGUGUUAUUUCAGGAAAAAAAUUGAUAAUAUGGAAGAAAAAAACAAACAUUUAACCACCUUUUGGUGGAAAAACAAGUUAUUAAACUGGACAGGGCUAGCUCAAAGGAAACAAAAAUAUGCAUUAAAUGUAUACAAUUCUGUUGUGUAAAAUGAUUUCAUAUCUAAUGUGCACUAUAUCAACAAGGGGAGGGGUUCAUACCAAAUUACUGCGAUGUGCUGAAGCAGUAUGUCUUACAUGCGUACACUGCCAUUUUUGCUGUUUAUUUUUUUUAAUGAAUUUAUGUUAAUAGCAAUGUGAAUGUAAAUAUGUUAAUAAGAAAUUUUAGAAAAAAUGAAAAAACGUCUGUGGAAAAAACAACAUUGUGUCAGUAUUGUGGAUUAUUUUUGUGUUUGUCUGUGUUAUUAAAGUAUACUGUGAGAAAGCA